GGGGGAGGGGGAUGCUGAGCCGCUCCAGUGAACCCAGUAUGGAUGAUGACGUAGGAAACUGGGAUGGGCGGAGCUUGGGGUUCGUAUUGAAUCUCCGGGGAUCACCGACACCGGCUGGUCUGUGUCGUUCAUUCAUCGGUGGAAUUAUUCAGCUCCUAAAUUAGCCGUUCCACCAUCAGCCAUCCUGACUCCUCCGAACACCGACUCUAAGGACGCUACUGCUGGCCAUCCUCUGUGGCGGGGCUGCGUGGGAGAAACGGAUCCUGCUAUCAUGCAACAGAGUGAUAUGCUAAUGUCUUUGCAUCAACAUGGAGGCUACUGGCAUGAAGCACUGGAGCCACAGAUGCACCCAGGAGACAUGAAUCAUUUUGGUGUCCGUGUUGUCAUCACUUGACCAACCUACUGAAUCCAUGGAUGGAAUCGGUGAACUUGGUUCACCAGCCGUACACCUCGAGGUCUGUUAUAUUCUGCUUUCAGAAAAUGUUGUUCCAAGAUGAAGAUUGAUACCAGCCUGAAUAUGCCCCAGCUCCCAGAGGCCCUGUCCCAGGCAGGCCUUCAGUUUUCUGUGGCAACUGAGGAGGACUUUGAUGAAAUCAUGGCUAUGAGCCAGGACAUCUAUGGAGGCCUUGACUAUCUACCUACUAGAUACACUAGCUGGCUGCAGGAUACCAACCGCACAGUUAUACUGGCACGCAAACAUGGAAAAGUGAUUGCUCUGGAGUCUGUCUGUGUCAUCGAUGAUGGGGAGACCAUGCUGGUGGAAGGUCUCCGUGUUGCCCCCCAGGAAAGGGGCAAGGGCGUGGCAGGUGUUCUGCUACGCUUUUGUGCUGAGCUGGUUAAAUCCAGGUAUCCAGAGGUCAAAGUAUGCCGCUUGACCCGUGACGAUCAGCUCGGACCAAAGGACUUUGAAAAGUACCGCAUCAUAACUAAGCAGGGAAUCCUGCUGAUGCGCUUUAGAGCUGAAGACCUCAAGCUGCAUCUCUCUGAAUUUGGUCUAGAAGGAGACAAUGAAUCCACUUUGUCCACCUUUUGCUCCAGUCCUCCUCCAGUGCGUCUGGACCACACAGCAAUCCAGCAGCUCUACUUAAACAGUGACCUGCUGCACGGGGUCCUCCCUAAUGCAACCAUCAUUCAAGACUGGCAGCCAUUCAAGCUUUUGCCCAGUAACAUGGCCAUCCUACUAAAGAAGGAGAUUGACUGGAUGGUGGAUGAUAUGUCCAAUCCUACCGUGGCCAGCCUCUGUACCUUCCCUUUCAGGGUCCCCAUUGGAGAUGACUGGUAUUACCUGAACAUUGACAUGUUUGGUAAAGACCUCGCCCUGGCUCGACAGCAGUUCUUGUACCACUUGCAGCGCCAUACUGCCACCUUGAAGGGUCAUGUGAUGUGCCAGAUGUUCCUAGACCCACCGCUUUGGAAGGCCAUGGCUGAAUUCUGCCACAACACCCUGAGUGUGGAGUUGGUGAAAGAGUAUACUGAGCAAUGCGUGGUGGAGUGUGAUCUCAUCUAGUUGCAGAAGGUGGAUGGAAAUAAGGAGAAGUUGUCGAGGCAUGACAGGAAGGAAGACAAGGGUUUAAACAACAAGGAAGUAACACAAAUCAGUUACAAAUACAAAUAAACACAACACUCUGUACUGAGGAGGAAAAUCAAGUAAACAAAAUGUAGUUUUAGAUACAAAACAAAACCUUGAAGAAUUAACAAUACACAGGUACAUGAUGGGAACUUAAAAUCAUCUACAUCAUGUAAUCAACUACAAUAGGUCUAUGAUUAAUGCUGAAUUUAUAAAGUUUAUAAUAAUUAACUGGUACACUGGACGCGUUGAUUUUGCUACUGAGGUGUAUUUAACAUGUUGUUUCCUCAAAAAACAAGAGAAGGAACAAAAUAACACAAAUACCUCUUUCCAUGGAUCUAAAAUGGACUUCUGGAAAAACACUAAAACACCCUGUUGUUUUUUAAAUGAUUUUCAAAGAAUGAUCAAAUCUGAUAGAGUCCAACAGAGUCACACAGAAUGUGAAUACACUUGAGGAUUAUUGGUCCUGCCAAGAGGUCGUGAAGUCAAUCAGAAGUUAAAAAAGUUCUUUAAUUUCACUGAAAAAACAAACUGUUUUUGUCAUUGCUGUAAGUCUUGAGCGGACCCUAUUGCAGUUGAGCUACAAAGAUGUAAAAAAAAUUUAAAAAGUGUUGAACGUGAGAAUACUUUUCCCAAACACUGUUGCAAAGUAAAAUUGUGCAAACAACAUGCAAAAGCUCAUUUUCAAUUCUGUUCUCUGUGUAAAUAUGGAAAUUCUAAAUAUGUGUAAUGCUGAAUUGGGUUGUCAAAUCUGCACAUUUCUAAAGGCACUUUAUUAAAACUACCCUUGAAGGUUGUGUCUACAUUAUAAUGAGAAUCAAUCGUUUGGGAUCAAAAACAGCGCCCUCCAGAAUGUUUGGGGCAAAGACAGCACAUUUUUGCAGUUUGUCUUUAAACAGCACCACCGUGGAAAUCAAUCUAUAAAUCAAUAUGUUACUGAAGUGCAAGCUUUCAGGUUUAAUUUAAGGGGUUUUACAAAAAUUAUGCUUGAGCUGUAUAGUAUGAAAUGGCGUAGUCCCGCUACCUUCAGAUGUUCAAAAAUGAAUGGAACAAUUGACUGAGAAAUGCUUUCGUGGCCAGGUGAGGCCUGCUUCGUUGUUAUUUAGUGAAAAAGAAAGCAGACAUAAUAUUUGAAGGUUAAUCAUAAUUCAAAG